AUGGACAAAUACCGGUCUGUGUUCAGGGGAAAGAGACCGAGAGAAAAGAUGGGUGGUGGGAAGACGGUGCUGUGCGUGAAGCAGGUGAAGCAGGAGCUGCCUGAGGAAUGGGAUGACACCAUGCCCCUGCCUGGUGACAUCAUAGAGGGCCUCGCCUGCGAGGAUGAUGAUGAUUUGGCAGGAGAGUCUUUCAUUCCCGCGCAGGGCCGCUCUGAGUUCACUGCUCAGCUCGGGAAGAUUGCCAGUCAGCGGAAAUCGGAGGUGAUUUGGGUCAAGGUGAGGAGAGGGGAGAACGUGGUGAAGAUCAAAGCAAGGGUUGUGCCCGAGAAGGGAGGGAUGCUUCAUCGGAAGUUCACGAUUCAGGCAGCAACUGAUGAUAGGCAUGUUGCUGUCUUGAGAGAAUUGAACUUGGAUGAAUGCACUGAGCUGCAAGAAAUGAGCAGGAAAGUGGUGAAUGUGAAUGGAGAGGAAUUCCACAGGAGAGGCAUGAAGUACAACUGGAAAAGGAAGUUGGGUACCUACUUGCCCGACCCACGAUCUCCGAUCAUCAGCUCAAUCCUAUUCACGCCUUUUGUAGAAGAAAGCACAAUCGAGGCCACUACAGCCCGGUCCAUGGCUUGGUUCUCUGCGGCAGUCUCCUCGGGAGCCCCACUCGUCUUUGUCAACAUCCAGACGGAGCAGCUAUGGACUCCAGAUAAAAAUAAUCCAAUAGCAAGGGAAAUAAGUUGGGGUAGGCAACAAACCCUCCCAACGAACUUCCACAUAGUGCAAGGAAUAAGGCUAUGGUUCUUGCCAGGGAUUGCAGAAGUCUCAAUAGGCAUCAUGCCCAGGCCAGAAGAGACUCGUUUUGGUAUGGACAUCAAACGAACCGAAGAGGGAUUCAUAUGUAUCUACUCGGUGGCAUUGGGGUCUGCAGCAGAGCGUGCUGGGUUAGGGCAUCUGCACGAAGAAGCGAAUGCCAAGGGGCACCUGCUGGUGAUCUCGAGGCUCGAGGGCAAAAGCGUGAUGCCUUCAAGCGUGUGCUCCUCUGGGCUCAUUAACUGUUGCAAUCACAAUGACAUAAGAGAUGUCUUGACCCAGGCAAUCGAGAGAACAGAAGGGAUCCGAAUCUACAUCAUGGCUUGGCCGAAUCAGGCCCGCUUGGCUAGUCCUCGAGGGAUGGUUUCCACACUUCAGCCACCCAGUGGCUUUGCUCCUCCUCCUUCAUUGUGA